AUGCUGGGGAGCCUCUGCACUCUCAUCACUGCUCUAACAUGUAAGAGAUUCUUCUCAGUCCUUUACCACACCAUCAUUUCACACACACACACCUCUGACUCUUGUCUUUUUCUCUGUGUGUUACAGAUGUUGAUGCAGUGAUCGUUCUGACCCAGACUCCUGCUGUCCUCACAGUUUCUCCAGGACAAGAGGCUGUUCUCAGAUGUAACAUUCAGAGAUAUGAUGAUAGUAAUGAUGUCUACUGGUACAAACAGGUUCCUGGUGAAGCUCCUCAGUAUGUUCUGAGCUUCUAUCAUUCUUACAGUUCACCUAACUUUGGAUCAGGAUUUUCCAGCAGAGCCAAAAUGGGAUGGCUCUGCUGA